AACCAAAAUGGCGGCCAAGCGUGUUGCAAACGACGAAAGAAAGUUCGUUUCGCUUUUAACUUCUAAACUAAAGAAAGGGAAUCAUACAUUUGAAGAUGCUGAGCUGGAUUUGAUAUUUGGAGAUGCUUUAUCAAACCUACCGGACAGUGAUCUCAAAUCUGGUCUUAAGAAACAUUAUGAAACACACCUAAAAAAAUUAAAGAGUGUAUUAUUAUCAAAAAAAUUACAAGAAGAAUCAGCCACAGAGAGGCACACAAAAUUCAUUUUUUUUAAUGAACAAGAUAUAGACAAAGUUAUAAAUGAAGUUAAAACAUCAAAAUCUGACAAAGAGAAGAAUAGAUUAUUCAAAGGUCUCUGGUCAAGUUAUCCUCUCUUGGAGGAUUCACAGAAGAUUUUCACUUCUCUUGAAGACGUUAAUGGUCUUUUGGCAAUAGAAAAAUGUAUCCACAAUACUGUUGGUUGCUUUAAUAAAAAGAAUGUCUUAGAAUGCCUGGGUUUUCUGUUAAGGGUUUUUUCUAGAGAAUGUGAAGCAUGCUUAACUGGAUCACAAGAGUCAAAGUGUAGUGACCUUGCUAGUAGACUUCAAAGAUCAAUUGUGAUAAUGAAUCAAAGAUGGCAUUCUGGUAUUAGCAUGAGUCCUACAGGUAUACCAUCCCAAGAAGAAUCCUUUGAAGACCUGAUGGCUGCAAUGUUGUCAUUAUACACUGAUUUACUAAGCAGCAAUGAAAAUAAUGAUGAUUCUGUAAUAGAGAAACUAGCAUCUCUUAUGACUACUACUAUUGGGCACUCCCCAGAACACUGUAUGGAUGCAAUGUUACAAAUUACGAAGCCAAAUGAAAGAUUACUUUCAUUGUUCAGGUGUAUUUUAGAAAGAAAUAAAGGACAUCUCACACAUAAGCAAUACAUAAAAUUCAUAUGUUUGGCAAGACUUGCGCUCAAAGUGUCUUCAUUACCAGACAAGCGCAUGUCCAUACUUAAGAUAACAGAAAAUCAAAGAGCUUCCCCUGGAUUUGUAGCUUUUCUACAGAAGUCUAAUGGAAGUUUGGUGGAAAGGCUUAAAAUAACAAAGAAAAUGACUCCAUCUCAGCUUACUGCUUCUUUACUGGGUGAUUUAUCAGAAGACGAUGUAGAAACGUUUUUAGAUAUUGCUACAGAACAUGUAACUGAAGAUACAGCUCCUGAAGAAAAUGAAGAAACAGACGUAACACAGGCUAACCAAACCUGUGACAGUCAGUUAUUUUUCAUUGACUCAUCAGGUGAUGUUGAAGAUACGGAAAUUGAUGAGGUAAAAGUGGAAGAAAACAAAGCCAGAGACUCACUUCUGCACAAACAGAUGAAGGCAAUGAUGAAGGAAGCUCAGGAGUCGGAAUCUGAGGAUGAAGACAUGUUUGAUGAAGAAUUAUCUAGUAUGACAAAAGAUCUUGUAGAAUCAUCUGAUAAAGAUGAAAACGAAGAAAAAGAGCUAUCCCUGAAGGUAAAAGAAGAUGUCAAUAAUUCCACAGAAAAUAAAGACGUUGAAAGAAAAACACCAUUGCAGCCUUUGCGAAGAUCAACUAGGAAAUCUAUUAAGAAUGACAAAUUAUCGAUGUAAGUUUUUAGAGGGCAUAUUUGUUACAAAAUGUCAUGAAACUGUCUGUAGCGAUUUUUUGGAAUAAAUGUAUUUACUCAUUAUUUGCUAUCUUUA